GCGUCGCCCACGUCCAGCUUGCGAAUCCGGAGGCGAAGAGUUCCAUUAAUGCCCCGGAAGGCAGGUAGUCUAGAGGAGGUGGCCGGGGAGCCGAGCCCUGCGGAGAUGGAGGCCGAGCGGCCGCGGCCGGUGCUGCGCUCGGUGAACUCGCGUGAGCCCUCUCAGGUCAUCUUCUGCAACCGCAGCCCGCGCGUCGUGCUGCCCUUGUGGCUCAACUUCGACGGCGAGCCCCAGCCCUACCCGACGCUGCCACCGGGCACCGGCCGCCGCAUCCACAGCUACCGAGGUCAUCUUUGGCUCUUCCGGGAUGCGGGGACCCACGAUGGACUUCUGGUUAACCAAACGGAACUGUUUGUGCCAUCCCUCAACGUUGAUGGACAGCCUAUUUUUGCCAACAUCACAUUGCCAGUGUACACGCUGAAAGAGCGGUGCCUUCAGGUUGUGCGAAGCCUGGUCAAGCCUGAGAACUACAGGAGGCUGGACAUUGUCAGGUCGCUCUAUGAAGAUUUGGAAGACCACCCAAAUGUGCAGAAGGACAUACGGCGGCUGACCCGAGAGCACCUUGAAAAUCAGCCCCUGGGAGAGGAGCCUGAAGGAGUCCAUUGAGAUUAGCGGUCCUGAAUUUCAGCCUUGAUGGUUCUCAGUCUUGAUUGACACAUAGGACAGGUCACUUGCUUUCAGUUUUAAAAUGUCUCACUCUUGGAGUAAAACAUACUCCAUUACAUAAAAAGAAGGUUUAACUAAUGUCACCGGGCUUUGUGGUGCUUAAGGAUAAACAUGCAAAGUGCCACCGAAGUUGCCCUUUCUAGAAGCGCUCAUCCGAGGAAGGGUUUCAGUUUGCUUCCUGCUAAGUCUGGAAGUUCAGUGUAGGGUGUUUGUGUAAGCUCUUCAGUGGGGGUUGCAGUGUGUCCUUUAAUUUGGAGAGUGCAGCAGCAUUUGAACAGAGGGCGCCCGCC